UAAACUAUAUUAAUUAUAUUAAUUACAUUAAACUAAUUAAACUAAACUCUUUCUUUCUUGCUAAUUGCUAUUAUUCAAAGAACCUCUUCUUCUCUUUCUUUCUCCUCCACCUCUCUACAGGUAACCAUUGUUUUGUUUUUUUUGUUUUCUCUCACUAAAAGCAUUUUGCCUGCUUGUGCUUCGCUGUGUGUGUUUCUUUAGUCAAGCUUUUCGUUCUUGAUUUUUUUUAUAAUAAAUGUUAAUCAAAGAAGAACAGUGAACGUGCUCUUUGUUUUGUCUUCUUGCUUAAACAAAAACAAACUAAUUUUCUUUUCACGCUUGAAAAUAAAAAUGAUUAGUGUCGUUCUUUCUAUCCAGUUCUAUUUUUAUAGCAAACAAUCUUUCUUUGUUAAGACAGAGAUAAAAAAAGAAAGACUAGUUUUUGGAAUUUGGGCUGUUUUGCAUCUUUUGAGAGCCAUGCUUGUCUCUAACAAUUGAGUAACUCUUCUUUUUCUUUUUUAUUUGGUUUUUCAAAUCGUGGGUCUUUUCCCCUUUUGAUUCUUCAAAUGGGUUUGUAAAAGGAGAGUUUAAGUUUGUUUAUUUCUUCAAUUUUUAUGUUUGUUUAUGUUUUUCUGCUUCGCUUGAUUCGCGCAAAACAAUGCUACACAUGAUAAUUUACUUCUAGUUAAGCUUAGCAGUACCCUUUUCUUUCUAUAUCAGAAAAAAGGGUACCUGCAAAAUUGCCAGUCCUUUAAAGGAGCUAAAGGAGCUUCCUUAUAUAUCCACCUAGUAUACAUGUCUACGGGUACAUGCGUUCUUGAAGACUUUCUUGCUUGGAUAUGAACUGGGUAACACAGAAAGAACAAGAAAACAAAGAGAAAGAAGACCCAACAACUUGAAAAAGAAGCAGGGAAAGAUUUCGAGUUCUUGUAUUUUUUUUCUCUCCAUGGCUGUUAAGCUACAGCAGAUCUACCAGCACCAUCAUCACCACCACUCAGUAGCUGUUAAGGUCAAUGAGCAGCAGAUGGGGACAAAAAGAGGGUACACAUUUAUACAAGCCCAUAGGGCUUGGCUUCCUAAAUUCUUGUUGCUUUGGGUUAUGCUUAUGGCAUUUAUUAGUUGGAUGAUAUAUAAUGGGAUGGAUGCUGAUAAUAAAGUAAGGAGAAGGGAUGUGCUAGGUAGCAUGUGUGAUCAAAGGGCAAGAAUGUUGCAAGAUCAAUUUAGUGUUAGUGUUAAUCAUGUCCAUGCCCUUGCUAUUCUUGUAUCCACUUUCCAUUACAACAAGAACCCAUCUGCAAUCGAUCAGGAAACAUUUGCUGAAUACACGGCUAGAACAUCAUUUGAACGGCCAUUGUUGAGUGGGGUAGCCUAUGCUCAGAGAGUGAUCGACUCAGAGAGGGAUGAAUUUGAGAGGCAACACGGAUGGACAAUAAAGACGAUGAAGAGGGAGCCUUCACCCACACGAGAUGAGUAUGCGCCGGUGAUAUUUUCCCAAGAAACUGUAUCCUACAUUGAAUCUCUUGACAUGAUGUCAGGGGAGGAGGACAGAGAAAACAUACUGAAGGCUAGAGCUACAGGGAAAGCUGUGUUGACCAGCCCCUUCAGGUUGCUAGGUUCUCAUCAUCUUGGUGUGGUUCUAACAUUCCCUGUUUACAAGUUCAAGCUUCCUCCAAACCCCACAGUGGCUCAACGUAUAGAAGCAAGUGCCGGGUACCUUGGUGGAGCCUUUGAUGUUGAGUCCCUUGUGGAGAAUUUACUUGGACAACUUGCUGGGAAUCAGGCAAUUUUGGUGAAUGUUUAUGAUGUAACUAACUCUUCUGAUCACUUGAUAAUGUAUGGUCACCAAAAUCAAGAUGGUGACAUGUCUCUUGUGCAUGAAAGCAAGCUUGAUUUUGGAGAUCCUUUCAGGAAGCAUCAGAUGAUAUGUAGGUAUCAUGAGAAGGCACCAACAUUAUGGACAGCACUUACCACUGCUUUCUUAUUCUUCGUGAUUGGCUUAUUAGUGGGGUAUAUCUUGUAUGGCGCAGCAAUUCAUAUUGUAAAAGUUGAGGAUGAUUUUCAUGAAAUGCAGGAGCUGAAAGUACGUGCAGAAGCUGCUGAUGUUGCUAAAUCCCAGUUUCUCGCUACUGUAUCUCAUGAAAUUAGAACACCUAUGAAUGGUAUUCUUGGAAUGCUUGCUUUACUCCUAGAUACAGAUUUGAGCUCAACACAAAGGGAUUAUGCUCAAACUGCUCAAAUCUGUGGAAAGGCACUGAUAGCUUUAAUAAAUGAGGUGCUUGACUGUGCAAAAAUUGAAGCUGGCAAGUUAGAGCUUGAAGCUGUCCCAUUUGACCUUCGAUCCAUACUAGAUGAUGUUCUUUCUUUAUUUUCUGAGAAGUCCAGAAACAAGGGUAUUGAGCUGUCUGUCUUUGUUUCUGACAAAGUUCCAGAAAUUGUUCUUGGGGAUCCAGGGAGAUUCAGACAGAUCAUUACAAAUCUUGUUGGGAACUCUGUCAAGUUCACUGAACGAGGCCAUAUAUUUGUUAAAGUUCACCUGGAUGAGCAUGCUAAGGCUGCAACACAUGCAAAAGCUGAUGGUUGUUUGAAUGGAGGAUCCAAUGAAAGUAUAUCUGGUACCUGUCAGUUCAAAACCUUAAGUGGUUAUGAAGCAGCUGAUGACCAGAACAGUUGGGAAGCCUUUAAGCAUUUAGUUGCAGAUGAAGGAUUCCAGUCUGAUGCUUCGCUAAAUGUACUGACUAAUAAUGAAGCUUCUGAGAGUGUUACUUUAAUGGUAUCUGUGGAGGAUACAGGAAUUGGAAUCCCCUUGCAUGCUCAAGAUCGUGUUUUCAUGCCCUUCAUGCAGGCAGACAGUUCAACCUCUAGAAAUUAUGGAGGAACUGGUAUUGGCUUGAGCAUAAGUAAAUGUCUGGUCGAGCUUAUGGGUGGUCAUAUUCGCUUUACUAGCCGGCCUCAGGUUGGAAGCACAUUCUCAUUCACUGCUGCUUUCGGAAGGUGCAAGAAAAAUACAUUUAACAAAAUGGAAAAGCGUAAUUCUGAAGAUCUUCCUUCUAGUUUUAGAGGAUUGAAAGCACUAGUAGUUGAUGGCAAACCAGUGAGGGCUGCUGUAACCAGAUACCAUUUGAAGAGGCUUGGUAUCGUGGCUGAAGUUGCAAGUAGUCUGAAGGCAGCUGCCAGUGCUUGCGGGAAAAAUGGUUCUCUGACUUCUGGCAGUAUCCAGCCAGAUAUAGUUCUAGUUGAGAAGGACUUGUGGAUUUCCGGAGAGGAUGUAUGGCUGCUGGACUGGAAACAGAACGGACAUAUGUCUAAGUUGUCUAAGACAAUACUUCUUGCUACUAAUAUUACUAGUGAAGAAUUUAACAAGGCAAAAGCAGCAGGUUUUGCAGAUACUGUGAUCAUGAAACCUUUGAGAGCAAGUAUGAUUGCUGCAUGUCUUCAACAGGUGCUAGGAAUGGGGAAGAAGAGGUCACAAGAUAUGCCUAAUGGAUCUUCUUUUGUUAGAAGUCUACUCUGUGGCAAGAAAAUUCUGGUGGUCGAUGACAAUAUGGUAAACCGCAGGGUUGCUGCAGGUGCAUUGAAGAAGUUCGGAGCUAAUGUAGAAUGUGCUGACAGUGGCAAAGCAGCGCUGAAAUUGCUUCAACUACCACACAGUUUCGAUGCAUGCUUCAUGGACAUUCAGAUGCCAGAAAUGGACGGGUUUGAGGCAACCCGUCGUAUCCGGCAGAUGGAGAGCCAGGCAAAUGAUCUGAUAAAUGGUCAAUCCAUGGUAGAAGAAACUGCUAGAAAGGGCGUGUGGCACAUACCAAUAUUAGCCAUGACUGCUGAUGUGAUACAUGCAACAUAUGAUGAGUGCCUGAAAUGUGGGAUGGAUGGAUAUGUAUCAAAGCCCUUUGAGGAAGAAAAUCUCUAUCAGGCAGUUGCCAAGUUCUUCAAAGCUAAACCAAUCUCAGACUCAUAGCCAUGUCUUCCUUGCCUCCUCCUGCAAACUAGGCAAAUCUAAAAUUGUAGAGUGUUAUUAGGUCGAGUGGCGCCAGCAAUUUUCACCCAUCUGCUGGUGUACUAUGGCCGUAAGUGGAUGAUGGAUGAUGGUUUCCUUGGAUUUUUGAGAUUCUUGAUCAAAUGGCGAAAUGCAGGUUUGGGCAAUUAUUUCUAACCAACUUAAUAUUUUAACUUUGACUAGAACCAGAGUACAUGUACAGUACUAAAAGGAGCCUCCAUCCCCACUUGUAUGUAUAGAUCCUAGAACAGGGUGGGAGCAAAAAGAUGUAAAUCUCAUAAUUUUCUUUAUAUUUUUUCCCCCUUCUUUUUAAUAUUGUUACUUGUUAAUGGAGUCUCCACAUCUUGAUCUGUAUUAUUGUCUGCUCUAGAAAAACUUGCAUCAGUGAACAUUUCAAUGCUGGAAAAUAUACACAUUAUUUGAGUGGAAAUUGAUUGCUUCUUUUGAUUGA